AUGUGUGGUGACGCCAUGGGCCACCGCAAGAAGCGGUCCGAGAAGGGCAGUCGGCGCGCAGAGGAGCUACUGCAAGCGGCGGCGGAGGCGUUCCACGGCGCACCGAAUCGUGCGGUCAAGCGCCGAAUCCGUCAGCGCCUUCACAAGAAGCUGGGCACCAUGCUGAAUCGGGAGCAGUUCGAAAAGGCAAUGGAUCGGUUCUGGACACUCGAAGAGGAGCACGAAGUGAUUGAAGAGGUGAUGGAGGCGCCCGUGCAUGGCACUUGCGACUUCAAGGACGUCAGGCGCUUCGAGACCGGAUCGACUUCGACACGGGAUGAGGAGGAGAGCCAGGGCGGGCCGCCGAGCAGCGAUCUGGGUCCCGCAAGUACUUGGGAGCGGGCGCUGUCCGAGAAAGUGGAGUUGCCCGUCGUCCGAACCUUCAUCCAGUUCGACACCUGUCCCCGGGAGCAUCGUCGAAGAUCCAAGUCGGUGCCGCGCUGA